AUGACAAUCUAUGGCGAAGUCAUGGAUGAAUUGAAAAAGAUCAUAGCUCGCGACAGUAACAUUAAUGUGGUGAUCGCUGCCUUGCAUGUGCUGAAGAAUCUUGCGCUUGGAUUGAGGAAAUGUUUUGCGUGUUUUAUACCAAUGGUAUGUUGCUUCACCAUCUAUGUUUGGCAAGAAACAGUGCCCAUAGAUUUUGCAAAGGCAGUGCUACCAAUAGUUGUCAAGCUCACCACCGAUAGCGAUCCUACCGUACGCGAUGCAGCUUGUAGUUCUCUUGGGUCUGCGCAAAGAUUGCUGGGUGGUGGUCUUGAUGCCUUCUUGGGAUCUUUGAAGGGAGAAAAGGCUAAAAUGGAUAAGAUUGAAGAAUAUCGCGAAGCAGCGACAAAAGAACAUGCUGAGUUUGCUGCUAGUCGUCCAAAACAAGCAAUGGUUGAAAAUGCUGCAGGAGGUGAUGUUGACAGCGAAGGGGUACGCAAAAUAUUCCAGACUCUGUCUAUAACCUCUGCCUAG